CUAUAAGCCUUAUAUAAUCUGUCACAUGUGGGAUUCAUGCUAUGACACAAGACUAUAAAAAUUAUGCAUGUUUGUUAGCAUACAUUUCAAAGUAUAGUACGACUGCGCAACAUGACUGCUGUGAACAAUUCUGCUUUCAAUAUUAGUCAGCAAAAUUUUACUGAUGUUAGUGUUUUUUACAUUGCCAGCGGAGUACUGCACAUUCUACUGGUAGUUGUUCCAGUGCUAGUAUUUGGACCUAUUGUUCUCGGGGUAUUCAUCUCCAACAAAGAACUCAGAGAUCCCGUGUCGAUUUUGUACAUCUGUACUGCUACACUGUGCGUUAUUGGUCCUCUAACUUAUGGCUUACUAUUGGACUGCAGUUUAAUUACUACUGUGGAGUUCUUUGGAUCUUGUGAAUCUCAAACUUCGAAAAUAUUCUGGGUGCUCUUUGGUACCUUCCAGACUCAGCUAUUGGCCAGUAACGCUCUCCUGUCUUUAGUACAGUAUAUAUCCGCUAAAUGGGGCAGCAAAAAGAUAUCGACACGUGUUGUUGUUGGAAUAUUUUUCACAAUGUUUGUGGUUUCUUUGCUAGCCAAUAUGAUACACUUCAUUGGAUCAUCUGAAGAACAUAUUAGGGGUUCGUUAUGCAGACACCCUGGUGCAGCAAUACCUUAUGCGUACCCAUUUAUCACAAUGUUUACAUUGGGAGUCUUGACAAUACCACCAUUUGUACUUGUGGUAGUGUUCUCAAUCUUGACCAUUGUGUAUGUUAAGAAGAAAACUGUCCAGAAUAGCCAUGUUAUUAAGACUGUGGUUAAAAUUGUUUUGAUUUGGACUGCUGCAGUAAUGUUGUGCAGGUCUCUACCAAUUCUUGUUGUAUUUCUGGGUUUCGAUACGGCAAGUACACCUAUUUCAGUCAUUCUAGUUCGAUCUUGGUAUGGGAUCUAUUCAGUGGAGCUGUCAUAUCCUCUAUUUGUGCUCCUUCCAAUGUUUCUACACAAGACGGUUGGUAAAAUUCUGAAGAAGAAGUUCAAAUCGAUUUAUGCACAGUAUAAUUUGAGUAGAGUUUCUCCAAGUGGAAGUUCCAUUUGAUAUUAGUUACGUGUUUCAGAACACUUACUUAAUUACUGCAUGCAUGUGCAUAGUUGUAUACUAUAGUUGUUUAGUACCACAAUUAAUAGUUUGUGUUUAGUAUAGUCUCUGUAGAGUUUCCUGU